AUGAAUCUGCAAGGCAAAGAAUCUGAUUUGCCAAAACAAGGUGAUUCCUCCUGUUGGUUGUGGGCAGGAGAAUCUACUCAGGUUUCUGAAGAUGAGAACUAUGUAAUAAACCUUCAAGGGGAAGUUCAGAGUUCCAGUAGUAUAAAAAAUCAAGAGUUUCCAAUUAAGACCACCUGGGAUUUCUGGAAGAAAUUGUGUUUGAGACAGUCAAAGAAUUAUCAGAGUCGGUGUCAGUAUAUUGAGGGAAAACGUAAGCUGUGCAAGUGUGAUCACUGUGUUAGGAGAAGGACCUCUCAUGACCAUGAUGAUGAUUGGGAAGUACACAAAGGCAAGAAGUCUUAUAGCCACAAGAAUUGUGGAAAAGACUUCAUGAAGAAGUCAUUGCAGCAUAGUGUAAUCCACUCAGGAGAGCAAAUCUCUGAUGAGAAUGGGAAAAGCUUCAGCCUUGGCUCCAGUGUUGAACUUCAUCAACAGUUGCACCGAGGAACAAAACCUCAUAUGCAUAGUGAGUGUCAGGAGGGUGUCAGUUAUAGCUUGGCGCUCUGCACUCAUCAAAGUGUUUGCAGAGAAUUGAAAUGCAAUAGGAAUGAUGAGUGUGGUAAGGACUUAAGUCAAAGCUCACAUCUGCAAAUUCUUCAGAAUAUCAACACAGGAGAGAAACCCUACAAAUGCGAAGAGUGUGGGAAAUGCUUCAGAUGGAGCUCGUGUCUUCAUGUUCAUCAGAGGAUCCACACAGGAGAAAAACCCUACAAAUGUGCUGUGUGUGGGAAGAGCUUCAGUCAGAGUUCAAAUCUUCAGGCCCAUCAGCGAGUCCACACUGGAGAGAAACCCUACAAAUGUGCUGUGUGUGGGACAGGCUUCAGUCAAAGUUCAAAGCUUCAAGCCCAUCAGCGUGUCCACACAGGAGAGAAACCCUACAAAUGUGCUGUGUGUGGUAAGAGCUCCAGUUAUGCCUCAAGUCUUCAAUACCAUCAGCGCGUCCACACUGGAGAGAAACCCUACAAAUGUGCUGUGUGUGGUAAGAGUUUCAGUUAUGCCUCAAGUCUUCAAGCCCAUCAGCGAGUCCACACGGGAGAGAAACCCUACAAAUGUGCUGCGUGUGGUAAGAGCUUCAGUCGGAGUUCAAAUCUUCAAUCCCAUCAGCGAGUCCACACGGGUGAGAAACCCUACAAAUGUGAGGAGUGUGGAAAAGGCUUCAACAGGAACUGGUAUCUCCAUGUUCAUCAGAGGAUCCACACAGGCAAAAAACCCUAUAACUGUGGUGUUUGUGGAAAGAGCUUCCGACAGACAUCAAAUCUGCAAAUUCAUCAGAGAGUCCACACAGGAAAGAAGCCAUAAAAAUGUGAGACAUGUGGUAAGGGUGUUAGUCACAGUUCAUGUCUUCAAGAUCAUUAACAAGUCCACGCUGGAGAAAAAUCCUACAAA